GCCAAGCUGAAAACCGUGCAGGGCGUGGUGACGAGGUACUGCAGCGACUACGGCAUGAUCGACGACCUCAUCUACUUCUCCAACGACGUGGUGACGAGCAAAGUGCUGCUGAGCGUGGGGCAGGAGGUCAUCGCGGUGGUGGAGGAAGAUAAAGUGUCCAACGGGCUGAAGGCCGUCAGGGUGGAAGCUGUUUCUGAUAAAUGGGAAGAGGACAGCAAAAACCAGGGCAGAGGACUGUCCGACUCCAGCCCCCGGGUGCUGAUUGGCUGUGUGACGUCGCUGAUGAAGGGCGCUGGCUACAUCAACCAGACCACAUACUUCUCUCUGAAGAGCGUUUGUGAAGGUUUCGAGCCGUGCAAGGGAGACUGGGUGGAGGCCACCUACUGGAUCCGGCCGGGCACGUGGAGCAGCGAGGCCCUGUCGGUGAAGCCGCUGCGGUACAAGCGUGUGGACAAGGUCUGCAUUUCCAGCCUCUGUGGCAGAAACGGGGUGAUCGACGACUGUGUCUUCUUCACCCUGGACUCUCUGAAGCUCCCCGAGGGCUACGUGCCGCGAAGGCACGACGUGGUCAGCACCGUGGUGGUGGAGAGCAGCCAGUCCUGCUACAUGUGGAGGGCCCUGUGCGUGACCCCCGUGAAGAGACGAGACCACGCCCCCGCCGAGGCCUCCGAGGAGACCUGCGAGGCCCUCCUGCUGCAGAACAAGGGCGGCCUCGAAGUCACGAGGGCCACCAGCUUCGGCACGCUGCGGGAAGGGGGCAGCAGGAGCCUGGUGGUCUGCAUCGAGAAUAAAGGAGACGUCCCGCAGAAGCUGGUCAGCUGCAAGCUGGCCGGCUGGGACAGAACCAGACAGUUCCGGUUCCACUUGCUACGGGGGACCCAGCACGGCCCCCCAGCACCUGCUCCCGACCCUGAGACGCGGGAGAGCUGCCCAGACAAAACCUACCAGAUGGCGGAGGGCAGCGUGGCCCACAACAGAGCAGUCUCUCCAGAUGACUGUGCCUGCGAAGGAGAAGAGGGAGGCAGCGGACAGGGCAGCCGGAGGAGGCAGGUCCCGGAGCCUGAGCCCCAUGGGCUCAUCCCUCCCGGAGGAAGAGCCCUGAUUGUGGUCACGUGUGAGGCCAAGACUGCCGGCCGCUGCAAGGAGCUCCUCCUGCUCUGCUUCUCCAGCUGCCUCAUCGGGCGCGUCCUGGACGUGGGCGUGGUGAGCGCGGAGGAGGCCCUGGUCGCCGUGCGCGAGCCCUUCCUGUGGAAGAAGUCCAAGAGCCCCCCAGCGCCGGCGCCCAUGAAAACGACGGUUGUCGUGACCACGCAGAAAAGGAACUCAAGACGCCAGCUUCCAAGUUUCCUUCCCCAGUACCCCAUCCCCGACCGGCUGAAGAAGUGUGUGGAGCAGAAGAUUGACAUCCUGACUUUCCAGCCGCUGCUCGCCGAGCUUCUGAACAUGUCAAACUACAAGGAGAAGCUGUCCACUCUGCUCUGGCUCGAGGAGAUCCACGCGGAGAUAGAGCUGAAAGAGUAUAACAUGAGCGGGGUCAUCCUGAAGAGGAACGGGGACUUGCUGGUGCUGGAGGUCCCGGGGCUGGCUGAGAGCCGGCCUUCCCUGUACGCAGGUGACAAGCUGGUUCUGAAAACGCAGGAGUACAAUGGGCACGUCGUUGAGUACAUCGGCUACGUGAUGAAGAUUCACGAAGAAGAUGUGACCCUUAAGCUGAAUCCGGAAUUUGAACAAGCGUAUAACUUUGAGCCUAUGGACGUGGAAUUUACAUACAACAGGACCACGAGCAGACGGUGUCACUUUGCACUUGAGCACGUCAGCCACUUGGGAGUGAAAGUGUUGUUUCCAGAAGAAGUCAUCUUACAGUCUCCCCAAGUGACAGGCAGUUGGAACUGUGCAGGAGACGGCAAGAGCGACGGGCAGCCCACCCCUGAGAACAGGGAAGCUGAGAAGGACCAGCCUGAGCCUGCCACCAAGACGAGCCAGGCGGGUGCCCAGGACUCACGGGCACCGGAGGCCUUGGCUACAGAGACGAGUCACCUGGGCGAUGAGCUGCAGACCCCGGGGGCCCGAGAGAAGGAGUUCUUCAACCCCCUGCUCAACGAGAACCAGCAGCUGGCCGUGCGCAGGAUCCUGAGUGGCGACUGCCGCCCCCUCCCGUACGUCCUCUUCGGGCCUCCUGGCACUGGGAAGACGGUGACCAUCAUCGAGGCGGUGUUACAGGUGUACCACGCCCUGCCCGACAGCCGGAUUCUGGUGUGUGCGCCCUCCAACAGCGCCGCCGACCUCGUGUGCUUGCGGCUGCACGAGAGCUGCCUGCUGCGACCGGGCACCAUGGUGCGUGUGAACGCCACCUGCAGGUUCGAGGAGACGAUCGCCGAGGCCAUCAAGGCGUACUGCAAAGACGGGGAGGACAUCUGGAAGGCCUCGCGCUUCCGCAUCAUCAUCAGCACCUGCAGCAGCGCCGGCCUCUUCUACCAGAUCGGAGUGCGAGUCGGACACUUCACGCAUGUGUUUGUGGAUGAAGCCGGACAGGCCAGUGAGCCGGAGUGCCUCAUCCCUCUGGGGCUGGUCUCCGACAUCAGCGGCCAGAUCGUCCUUGCCGGGGACCCCAUGCAGCUCGGGCCCGUGAUCAAGUCCCGGCUCGCCGUGGCCUACGGGCUGAGCGUGUCCGUGCUGGAGAGGCUGAUGGCCCGGCCCGUGUACCUGCGAGACGAGGACGCUUUCGGUGCCUGUGGCGCCUACAACCCCCUGCUGGUGACCAAGCUGGUGAAGAACUACAGGUCCCACGCGGCCCUGCUGGCCCUGCCCUCCCGGCUCUUCUACCACAAGGAGCUCGAGGUCUGUGCCGACCCCAAGGUGGUGACCUCCUUGCUGGGCUGGGAGAAGCUCCCCAAGAAAGGCUUCCCCCUCAUCUUCCACGGCGUGCGGGGCAGCGAAGCGCGGGAAGGGAGGAGCCCGUCCUGGUUCAACCCGGCCGAGGCCGUGCAGGUCAUGCGCUACAGCUGCCUCCUGGCCCGGAGCCUCUGCAGCCAGGUGUCCGCGCAGGACAUCGGCGUGAUCACGCCCUACCGCAAGCAGGUGGAGAAAAUAAAAAUUCUUUUGAGAAACGUGGAUCUGAUGGACAUAAAGGUCGGAUCAGUAGAGGAGUUCCAAGGGCAAGAGCAUUUGGUGAUCAUCAUCUCAACCGUGCGGUCGAACGAAGACCGGUUUGAAGAUGAUAGGUAUUUCCUGGGUUUCUUGUCCAACUCAAAACGGUUCAAUGUGGCUGUCACCAGGCCCAAAGCCUUGCUGAUUGUGCUGGGAAACCCCUACGUCCUGGUCAGGGACCCCUGCUUCGGCGCAUUGCUGGAAUACAGCAUCACCAAUGGCGCGUACACCGGGUGCGACCUGCCGCCCGAGCUGCGGCACCUGCAGGGGUGAGCCCCCGCCUCCCCGCCUCGCCCCUGCUCCUGCGCCUGCUCCAGGGCUGCGGCGGCGCUCUGUCUAGCAACGGACAGUUGGCAUCACCCCUCCCUGCACAGCCUCCAUAGACACGUCCUCCUCAUAAAACCACACCAUGAAGAGGCACCUGCCCAGCUCACCUCGGGGUCCUGAACCUGAGCCCUGCGGGGAGCCCGGCACACUGGCUGCCGCCUCCCACAGCUGAGCUGGGGCCGAGGUGUGCAGCCUCCCUGCUUAGAGGAGCCAGGAGCCCAGGAACAAGGGACCCGGGACCUUGCCUGGAGCCCCCCUGGUAGGGAGGGCAGGAGCCUCUGUCUGCUGUGGUCACUGGGCCACCUCCUGCUGUCUUGGCCACAAGCAUGGGGGCCGCUGGGCAGGACGAUGCCUGCCCGACCAUCUGCCCUGCCCAGCCCCUUCCUGGCACUGUAGUCACCACACCACGGCCCAUCACCAAAAUAAACACUCGAGUGAGACCCCAGCGUGGCUUUCCACUCAGAGUGCACCAGGUCGGGGGACAGAGCCACGCCUUCCUCCCGGGUCCUCGAGCCAGUGCUCACGUCACCCACUGCCAUGCGAAGCCGUGGGCACUGGGGGGCUCUGCCUGUGGCAGCCCCAGAGGUGGUGGUGGCCUGUGUGGCCCCUGCUCGCCCCUUGGCCAGGAGCUGCCCUCGGGUGCGGACGCUCGGGGACCGUUUCCAAGAGAGGCUGGGAGCAUUCACACGUUGGGGGUGUCCCUCGUGAGCGGCACCAGGCCUGGGACCAGCACUCCGGGCCCAGGAAGGGUGUCAGACCCAAGUCUGGCCGUGCGUCCAGGGAGUAGCACAGAGGCUGGAGCUUGGGCCUGGCCUCAGGGCCGCCUAUCGGGGGCAGAAUCCCUGGACUGGGGGACCACCCGGUGGCACCUCGACAGCCAUGCGAUGGGACAAUGAGGCCUGGCACCCUCUGCCCGUCACAGCCACGGUGUCCCGAGGUCUGACCUGGGGUGGGAGUGUACCCCAGGGGGUCUGCACCCACCAUCCCUGGGGUGGGACAGGCACUGCUGGAUGGACAUGGCCCACUCGGCUUCCUUCCCAGGGUCGGGCUCCUCACCACACAGCUGCGUGCCGCCCACCUGGGGGCAGAGGUCACUACUGUCUGAACCGUGAGACCGGAGCACAGUGACCCCUCAGACCUGCAGCUCCCUCCCUCCCGUGGAGGGCUGUGGCCCCGCCUCCAGGAAGGCAGCUGGGACAGGAGCGGGAGGCCCAGGCAGAGGGAGUUGGAUGGGAUGCGGGGAGACAGCCUUUCAGAAGCUGCAGAGCCCACAGGACCUUCCUGAGGGUCCCACAAAGGAUCCGGGCAUAGAGGGCGUGGCAGGGCCAAAGCAGUGUCCACACCGGGUCCUGAGGCCGCCCAGGCCCCUAGUGCUCCCUGGGCACCCGGGAGGCCCAGGGCAGUGGCUGUGAACACGGGCACCAUCUUCCUGGCUGACAGGUAGGGAACUGAGGUUCUGGUGGCCCAGCCAGGCCCACGCUGGCCUGAGCCUGAGGACCAGGCUCUGAAGACGCCCCACAAACGGCUGCCAUGGGUGAGGAGGUUCUGGCCCCAGAAACGGUCCUGCUUGGCCACCUGUGUGGCUUCCCUGUCCCCCGUUUGCCUGGUUACCAGGUCACCUUGUGCCCUGACCACAGCAUCUGCCACCACAGCCUCCUGCGACUGGGCCUGCGGGGCGAAGGGGGACCCCCAGGGCUGCCCAAUGACGGGGCGACCCACCCCCCCACAGGCGCCCAGGUGCACAGGAAGGAGCUGUUUGG